CCCCCUCCCUUCCAUGCUUUUCCUGGACAGAGAUUUCUCAGGAAGCAAAUGAGAUUUUAUUGCAUUAGGGGCAUCAGGAUCUCAAACACCACAUUCUCCCUUCCCCCAUUGUGGGCUUUGCUAUUUAAAUGAUCUGCUGUGGAAGUGGGGCCAGCCCGAUCGAUAUCAUGUAGAAGGACUGGGGAAGAAUCAAGUCAGACUAUCCCGAGACAUUCAGCAGCUUCUGGAGCAACAAGAACGAUCAGAAAUAUUACCGAAACAUGGAAGGGUCAUAUUAUGGAACAGUGGACCAACCGCACCAAAUGGGUCACCCGUCCCAACCCAUGAUGAAUGCAUAUCCUGGUGUGAACACAAUGUAUGCUCCUCCACCUUCUCAGCCAAUGGGUGCGGCUCCUUUUGUGGCUCCAGUAAAUCCGUAUCCAAAUAAUCUAAACAGCAAUUUUGCUGCACCUCAUUAUCCACCGGUUGGAAUGGAUAAUCCCUCCGUGCCUCUCCUUAGUGCAGGUGCACUUGGCCCGACUGCUCCUUCAUCUGACAUGUUUGGUCCUGUUCCUGGCUAUGAAGGAAUGAACACUGGUGAUAACAGUGGCAGGUUCCUACCACCUCCCCCUCCAGCCUUGAUCCCAGGUCCUGCUCGGCCGUCUCCUGAAAACGCAGAAUGGGCGAUCCCCAAUAUUACAGAAGAUGCUGCCAAAGAAGCCUUUCUACAGUACGCCAAGGAAUCUUGUUGUUACGGCACCUCAGCAGCAAAAGAAAUGGUAUUCAAGGAGUUCAAUCCCUUUAAUACCUACAGGUAUCGACUGGAAACCUUCACAGAGGCGCGGGCAUUUGACUGGCAGAUAAAGCCGUUUGAUGGUCAUUCAACUGAUUUAGGGGCGUAUGGACCUCCUCCACAGCCUUGGGAUAUUCCUGUGCCAUGUUCAACUCUGUUUAAGGAUGAUGAGAAGAAAAUGCCUGUUCCUGGCACCUCCUCUGUAAAGACCUGUCCACAGUGCAUGGGCAUAGGCAAAACCGUCUGCACCAAAUGUGCUGGAACUGGUCGGGUGAAGUGCACUUGGUGUCAUGGGACAGGAAAACAUGUAGAUGAUGAACAGUGCUCCACCUGUAGCGGCAAUGGAACUGAAAGCUGUAGAUCAUGUAGUGGUGCAAUGCAGUGUUGCGAAGGAUGCUCUGGCAAGGGGAAAGUUGUGAACUACAUUCAACUGACCGUCACAUGGAGAAAUAACAUAUUUGAGUUUGUUGCUGAUCACAACUCAGAUUUUCCUACUGAUAACUUCAAGAAGGUGACAGGAGAGAAGAUUUUCACAGAUGAGCAACACUUGGUACCUCCACUAGUCACUUUCCCCAAACAAUCCAUUAAUAAAGCUUCUCAGGAUGGACAGAAUGAACAUUAUUCCAAAUUUAAUUCUACAAGCAGAAUACUAAAACAAAGACAAACCAUUGAGUUGCUGCCACUCACUAAAGUGAAUUACACCUGGAAAGGAAAUCCAUACUCGUACUUUGUCUAUGGCAGAGAGAACAAGGUUUACACAACAAACUAUCCACAGAAGUGCUGCUGCGUCUUGCUCUAGAACCUCUACUAAACACCACAUAUAUCUAUCUUGUGUGCAUAUAACUCAACAUUGUGUCUCAAUUUACAAUUUAUUAUAGUCUUUCAUACAUUAUGGGGCAGAUUUAUCAAGAGUCGAAGUGAAAAUUUGAAUUUUCGAGUUUUUCAAGUAGAAUUCGACGAGGGAAUAGUUAAAAUUAGAUUUCAAAUUCGAUUUUUGAAAUUUAUCAUGUACUAGCCCUUUUAAGAACUCUAAUUCUACUAUUCACCACCUUAAACCUGCCGAAUUGCUGUUUUAGCCUAUGUGGGACGUCCUGGGAUCAAUUUGGAGUUGCUUGCAGCCUUCCAUCAGAGGAAAAAACUCGAUUUGAAUUUGAUCUGAGUUUGCGGGUUGAUCCCAUUCACCCAAGUUUGAAAAAUUGUUUGUCGAGUUUCGAGUUCAAGGGAGUUUAUGGGUGUUUUUACAAACUCCCAUUAACUCUUAAUUCGACCGUUGAUAAAUCUGCCCCUAUGUGUGUGUGUGUGUGUGUGUGUGUAUGUAUAUGCGGGAGGACUAACCAUAUAGAAAAUUCAUAUAAGAAAUUCAUAUAAGAAAUCCAUAUUUUUUUUAUAUCUUGUAUUCCUGUUAAAACUAUCAUUUGCAAUCUCAUUUAUUAGAGGUUAAAGAAUUGCUAAAAAUCAGCACCAUGUUUUUUCAAGAAAGCGCAAUGUUUUUUUCAAGUUUUUUUCAAGUUUUCGCUCAAUUUUAUAGAGUCUUUUCCAGCACCAACUUUUCCGAAUUUUUUUUAUUGAUAAAUAAUUUAAUGGGAGUUUAAGUGACAUAAGUGGAUUGGAGUUUGGUUGAGCUUGGUUUAAUAAAAAGAUGAGAUAAAUUAGAAUUUUAGUAAAUAACAUUAAAACCAAACAAGCUGUAUAAAGAUCACUCAGCGCUGAUAAAGUUUGUAUCUGGUUUAGAGAGGCUCUCUGGAUCGGUUCAACGUUCUUUGUGUGAGCUUUGUAAGGGGAAAUGCUGUGGGUUGGCAUCUGGUAUGGUGAGUCUCUGUAAACAAGUCCCAUUUCCAUUGGAAGGGACAAUGUUUUUUUUUUUAAGAGAAAGGCAAAAUAUUUAACAAUGGAGUUCAGAAUGUUAUGCCCACCAUUUAUAGUAUUGUUGUAUAAUGACACACUGUAUACAUUUAUAAAAUUUGCUGCAUGAUCAACAAUAACAGCUGAAGAGUACCAGAUCUUAACCAAUAUAGCUAUACCACCCAUUGCCCUGAGAAUAUAAUACAGUACUGUUUAAUUGCAUAUCAUAUACAUGAGGUAUAAUGGGUGUGGCUGGAGCAGAUUGAGGGCAUGGAAGUUAGUCAAUAGAAAAUGGCAUUUAACAAGAGGAUAUACAUUAUUGUGAAUUGGGUAAACAAGAUAUUGUAAUAGUCUAAAGUAUUAAAAACUGUUUUUAAUGCCAUAGUCCUAAUGAAUUCCAGUAAUUAAUAAACACAGGUUGUGCAGAAACUCUC